GAUACCGAAGAGGCAAUAAUACAAAUCAUCGAAGGUUAUCAUUUUCGCGCUUUGGUGCUAAAUGCAUUCGAUCAGCGCGAUUUCGUGAAACGAAUGCGGCAAUUGCGACCAACACCCUCGUGCUAUGCAAUCUUCGCGAGUGGAACGGCGAUGAGCAGCAUUUUUGAAAAGAUAUAUGAAGGCAACCUCUUCGAACGACCUCGCGAGUGGCAUUUCGUGUAUUUGGAUCCGCGUGAUCGUGUCUUUAAAUUUAGGAAGUCAGUGAAUUAUGCGACCAAAUUUACAAUCAAUCCGAAGACUUUAUGCCGCGCACUGCGCAUGAGAGAUGCUUACUGCCUUAACGGAUUUACCUUCCAACGCGCAAUGAUUUUGGAAAUACUACGCAGCUUAAUUGAAAUUAAACAAAUAAAUAUUAAUUGGUUACAAUCUUUCGUAAUGCAAUGUAACAACACGAGCCCCAACGAAGAUACACAUACGGGAUUUAACAUAUUGGAUCAAUUCCCUUUGAAUGAAUUUUUACAUUUUACCACCGAUGCAACCUUUCCGGAAGAGGACCUCGAUCUCGUGCCACGCCUUACUUACUCACCAACAAUCAAUAUAAGUCUUUACUCGCGCGAGCACGAAGCGGCAACCGAUUUAGCCAUUUGGGAAAAUGGUGAUUUACGCAAAAUUAAUAAGACGCUUAGUCCACCGAGACGUUUCUUUCGCAUUGGCACCGUGGAG